GACUUUAAGGUACAAGCUCUUUGCAGAUGAGAGUUAAUGGUCUGCUGAGAUCGUACUGGUCACAUAAGGACUUCAGAUUUUGUAAGAGGAGUCUUUAAGCUCUUCUUUUUUAUUAGUGUAUGUUAUUUUGUGAGAAGCCAAGGAAGAAAAACAACACGAAGAAGAAAAAAACCUUUAUCAUAAUAGCAAGAAGCAAACAUGGACACAAGCUACGCAAUGGCCAAGUUUCGCUUGGAGUCCAAGGACAUUCUCAGAUCCAGGCAAAAAGGUUGCUGGCAUUAUAUGAAAUAUGUCUUCAUUUUUUCAUCUAUCAUCCAGUUCCUUAUCAUCCUAGGCUUGGUGCUCUUCAUGCUCUAUGGCAAUGCCCAUGGCGGCACAGAACUUCGCCUGAAAAGUGUAGAGAAUCGUUAUAAGGAUCUAACAAUUGACCAUGCAUGGCUGAAAGGUAAUUUCAGUUUGCUAAAAGAAAAACUUGCCAGUGCAGACAAAAAUCUGAAAAACUGCAGUGAUACUCUCAGCAGGACGCGUAUGAGCAUCAGCACCAUGAACAAAACAGCUCCCUGUCCAAGAUUCCCACCAAUAUCUACCUGCCACAAUUUACAAAUUGAGAAGGACAAUCUGAACAUGACCUGCAAGUAUAACCAACUUAGGGCAGAGAAUGAGAAGAUAUUGUUUCGCUUAGAACUAAGUCAGUAUAAAGAAAACUGCUCAAAGACAAUAACUGACUAUGCCACCAAAGACAGUAUGGUCAGUUCUGAAAUUGUACAGCUUCAAAGGGAAAAGAAAGACCUGGGGACUCAGAUACACAUGCUUCAAGAAUCGUGUACUAAAAUUGAUGAAAAGUUCAGGCAGGAGGUACAGAGCUUAAAAAGUUAUAUUGAAGCAGCUGUACCAUCUGGAAACCCCUAUGAUUCAACUCUGAAGUGUAGACCAAUUUCUGAUCUGGUUAACAGGCAGCUUGAUUUUACCUUGGGCAAGUUAAGGCAAGAUGUUAACGUUGUUGUCUAUGAAAACACCCAGCUGCAGGUGAUGAAAGCACGAAUUAAUGAGGAUUUGGAGAAGUGCAAACAAGACAAGGCCACUGUCACUACAGAAAAAAAUAACAUAGCAACAGAAAAAACUUCAUUAGAAAAGGAGCUGGCUGUAAAAAAGGAUGAAUUUACUAAGUCUUACGCUCAAUAUUUAAGAAAGGAUGAAGACUUGGCACUUUGCCGGAGGCAACAGACACGACCUCAAUUUCCACCACAAUUUCCACCACGUACUUAACGGAAAAGGGGAAAACAAGGAACUAAGGGAGAAAGAUAAUAGAGAGGAGAGUCUUCAUUGCAUCAACCUUAAUAAUAUUGAUUCUCAACAAGUACAAAGUGAUGUAUUAAUGAAGAAAGCGGAUUCUUAUGCUUUUUAUUAUACAAAACAUCAGUAUAUCUAAAAAAAAAAAAAAAAAAAAAAAA